ACUAAUUUAUACCUCAAGAAUAACCAACGAGAUAAAUAAAUCGAAAUAUGUAUGUCCUAACUAUUAUUUGCUGCCUUAUUGCUGCAGUUUACGGUCAACGCGUCGGAAUUGGUCCUUGUCCUACAGUUAAAGCUUCGAAAACUAUCGAUAUUGAUAAAUAUUCUGGAAAAUGGUACGAAUGGGAAACGAGUAAUUCUUUGAGUAGCAUAUGUUCUUCGUCUACUUGGACUAAACAUUCAGACAGUAUAAUUACAGUCGUACAUCGUAGUAUUUCAAAAAUUACUAAUUUGGAAUCAGGAAUUAUUGGUGACGUAACUAUAAAUGACGAAAAAGUAAAUGUGCAGUAUAAUAUGCCUAUGGGUCGUAACAUUGAAGUAGAGUACAGGAUUCUCGAUACUGAUUAUGAAAAUUUUUCUAUUCUAUGGAGUUGCUCAAACUUCAAGCUUGUGCACUACACUCAUUUAUCGGUACACGUAAGAGAUCCCAACGUUGAACCGAACAAUUUAAAAAUUGGAGUAACAAUAAAAGAAGCGGGAGUUAAUCCUCCGCCAAUGAGAAAAGUUGACCAUUCGAAUUGCCCAUAAAUUUUGAAGAUUGAAAAAAAAAAUUA